GUCGGCGGGAGAAUCAAUAUUACUUUUCGCCGGCGAGCUCGCCAUUUUCGACGUGAUAUUUUUCGUGGACGAACGACGAACGGAACCACGCGAGUUUCAUCCGGCUGUGUGCAUCGAUCUCUCUCGAUGUCUCCGCCAUAAUAUAACCGGCCCGCCGCGCGACACCCGGCUACGAUGUAGCAUCAGUGGAAUCAGCGGAUCGUUUUUUUCUCGCUUAAGCAAAUCUUUCUUUUCGUCGCUUCUACCGCAGUGUCUAUAACUUCAAUUGCAACGAACGCGCACGGUGUAACGCACACCUCUGCGAUCCGCCAACAUCGUCCGAUAAAUACGGAACGACGCCGAUCGCGCCGAGAACGAAUCUUGGAAAAGUGCUCUAAACGGACCGGACCCACGGCUCGGAACCAAAAUAAAAGGAACCAGCAGAAUUACAACGAGAGUUAUUGACGCGAUCUCGGCACCGUCAGCUGAUUGACCUCGUUAAAAAUAACCACGAACGGAAGAGUUAAUUGCGAUCGGACGUCGAAGAAGGGCAGAAAGGAUCUCCGCUCUAAGGGAUAUAUCAAGCUCUCUCUUCGAAGGGCGGACGCGUCGAAGAGGUCCGGUAUUUUCCCCGUGACUCGACCGACAGCAAUUAGCUCUACGGAGCGAUCGUUAGCGAGAGAGCAGUCUCAAGUCAGCUCGGAACAAGGAGAGCUCCGUGCGUAUCCGAAGGGAUAGUGAUCGCAUCCUACGUCUUCUAUGCGGCAAGAUUCCCAAAACGGUCUGAAGAUCAGGCCACCGGGCGACCACGGUGGUGUGCAUCACGGCGGGGUCAUGCUCGAAGAGGAUAUGGCUGGCGCACAGGAUACCAUAUACCUGUGCAACUUCCGGGUGUCCGUGGACGGCGAGUGGCUGUGCCUGAAAGAGCUCCAGGACGUCGAGUUCUCGUUGCAGGACUCGUUGCAGCGGUCGCCGUCGCCCCCGCUCGCUCUCAGUGGUAUAAAUCAUCACCAUCAUCAUCACCGCCACCAGCAACAGCUUCCCGAUCAGCGAGAGCUUCGCGAUAUAAUGCCGCCAAGUCCGCCACCAUUGCAGCACGUCUCCAGCUUGUCACGGGACCCAGUCAUCAUCGAGAGGAGUAAUCUCGUUAAUAUUUCGAAGCUGAUCGUGAAGGAGCUGAUCGAAACCUCGUUGAAAUACAGUCGAAUGCUCGAUUCCGAUCACAUGCCGUUGCAGCACUUCUUCAUCGUUCUCGAGCACGUGCUCAGACACGGUUUGCGACCAAAGAAGGGUCUCCUCGGACCCAAGAAGGAGCUCUGGGACAUACUUCAGCUUGUUGAGAAAUAUUGUCCAGAAGCGCAGGACAUUACGUCCAGUAUUCGUGAUCUACCUACUGUUAGGACCGCAAUGGGUAGGGCGCGAGCUUGGUUGCGUAUGGCGUUGAUGCAAAAAAAGCUAGCCGAUUAUUUGAAAGUACUGAUCGAUCACAAAGACGACAUAUUGUCCGAGUACUUCGAGCCGGACGCUUUGAUGAUGAGCGAGGAGGCGAUCGUGAUAAUGGGUUUGUUGGUGGGCCUGAACGUGAUCGACUGCAACUUUUGCGUGAAGGAAGAAGAUCUCGAUUGCCAGCAAGGUGUAAUCGACUUCUCGCUGUAUCUGCGCAACAGCAAUCACAUACCCGGCGAGUCUCCGGACGACGAGGUCGAGAACGACAACAUGACCACCGUUCUCGACCAGAAGAAUUAUAUCGAGGAGCUGAAUCGCCAUCUGAACGCGACCGUGACGAAUCUUCAAGCCAAAGUGGAAUCGUUGACGACCACGAACGCUCUAAUGAAGGAAGAUCUGUCUAUUGCCAAGAAUAACAUACUCUCGCUCCACGAAGAGAACAGGCAAUUAAAGAAAGAUCUGGGAAUCGAGGUGAAAGACACGAACGAGAACGGAAAACCGCCUAUUAAGAUCACUGAAACAACCGCGGAAAUCGAGGAACUGAGGAGUAGGGUGGAGGCCGAAAAGAAAAUGCGACAGGAUGCGGAGAAAGAAUUAGAGUUACAGAUCAGUAUGAAAUCGGAAAUGGAGGUGGCUAUGAAAUUGCUGGAGAAAGACAUUCACGGGAAACAAGACACGAUCAUAUCGUUGCGGCGUCAGCUCGACGAGAUCAAACUGAUUAACUUGGAGAUGUAUAAAAAGCUGCAGGAGUGCGAAGGCUCGCUUAAGCAUAAGACAGAACUGAUCACUAAAUUGGAGGCUAAGACGCUAUCGAUGACUGAGAGCAUCCAAAAAAUGGAUGAAAAGUGCAAGGAAAUGGCCAGCGUGAGAUCCGAAGCGGAGGAGAGGGUGAGGAUUUUGGGUGCCGAGGCAGCAGAGAGGGAGGCGAGAGCGAACGGGGUUGAGAGGGAAUUGCAACUCGAACGUGAAUGGAGGACCUCCUUGCAGGAAGCAUCGAUUUCCAACGUGGAGAAGAUCUCUCAAUUACAUCAGGAGAUUGAUCAGUUGCGGCGGGUGUCCGAGAAAUACCUAGGGCUGCAGGAGGAGCACUACGCGCUGAAGGAGAUCUGCACCGAGCAGGAACGAACACUGGAGGAACUUGGGGGACAAUUGAGCGCGGCCAAAUUGGCGGCCGUCGAAUUACGCGAGGCCGCUGACAACGCUCAACACCAGCACCAGCACCAGCAGCAGCAGCAGCAGCAAGAGGGUGCAGCGACCUGGGCGAACGAUCGCCUGGUCACCCAUUGCAAGAGCUGCAACCGUGAGUUCAACAUCACUCGUCGUAAGCACCACUGCCGCAACUGCGGUAAGAUCUUCUGUCACGCGUGCAGCGACAACAACACAGCGCUGCCGAACUCGACGAAGCCUGUCCGCGUGUGCGACGAGUGUUACGUGUUCACGGUCGGCCGGUAUACAUCCGGUCAGUAACGUCCGGCGGUUCGAUCGGUCGGAUGUCGUGUAACGUCAUAGCCGGACGGAUGCUGCAACGACAGGAGGAAGCGGAAUGAAUCACGGAAGAAAAGAUACGGGGUCCCUUUGUCUCGCACGUGCAGAACGGCGCAGAGGGCCGUGCACGGACGGGGAACGUCGACGACGGAGGAUAACGAAUACACUUUUAUUCCCGAAGGUCGCGUCCGACGACGCUGGUCCCUGUCGGGGGCCGUUCAUUUUCAAUUCGACGCACGCGUCGCACGGAGAAAAGGGGAUCGAUGCGGGGGAUGUUUCCCCGUUUCCCGUCGAAUUCUUUUCAUCGUGAUAUGAUCGCGCGGCGUUCCCCGCGAUUUACUCGUCGCGAGACACGGCCCGCCGGGUUUUCAGCGCGGUGAAAAGCGGGCCUCGAAGGGAUUUUCGCGACUCGACGGUAAGACCCGACGACUGAAAGCGAUUCCUCUACUUUUGUCCGUUUCCGAAGCACAAUCUUCGUAAUUCCUCGGCGGCUCCGCGGGCCGACGCGAGCGCGGAACAAUCAAAAGAUGCGGUUCCCGGGGAACAAAUGCGAUGCCUAGCCGAAUUGGUAAGAGGGCUGCCGCGAAAUGCAACGCGGACGCGUUCGUUAGGGCACACGCGGGGUCAAAAGUAACAGUCUCAUAUUGGACCACGAUUACAACGGAACUCUACCGUGCUACCUUGGAUAACGCGGUUACGAUGGCAUCGAACUUCUCGGAGAAUUUCGACGUCCGAUUUUAGAAUCGUAGGGUCGUUCGACUCGUGUGUCGCAUCUUUAACUUUCGAAUGGCCGGUCCAUUUGGACGCGGAGCAUUAAUAUUAUCUGACCGUUGGAUCUCGGACAAUUAGUUCACUUUUUGCAUUAAGGUUUACCGAGAAACUGACGUGUCCAGAAGUAGCUACCUUAAGAAUAUGUCGCGUAGAAUUUAUAAAUAAAAUGAUGUAGUCGUCCUGGACAUGUGCUCGGUUAUAUUUUUGUCGACAAGAUCGUCGUUCGAGUUUGAAUGCUAGAAAUACCGCGUCCUCAACGCUGCUAAUGCACAUUGUUUCGUAGCAAUGAGAAAAUUCGAUUGAUUGAAACUUCGCACGAUUUCUAUGAUAAUUAGACUGCGGAUUUUAUAUCCUGAUUAUUUCUAAAUAUGGCCAGGGAAGUUAUUAAACUUCUCUUAUUAAUCUUCUGUAAAGACGUGGGAAAAAUUUAAGAACGUUCCUGCAUUGUUCUCAAUUUAUUACAAUCGUUAACGAAGCAGAUAUAUUUUUAUUUGACUUACAUUUAGUACAAUUUGCUUGGAAAGUUUCUAUUUUGCACAAAGAUCCGCAGUCCGAUUACAAUAUAUGUUUCAACGAAGAGGUUUAUUAAACAUUUCCUCGUAGAGAAAUUCUUAUAAUUUCAAUAACCCGAAUUAUUUGAGAUUUGUCUGCAUCUUCGUUGUAACAUAAAUUCUAUUUUAGAACAUCACCCGACACGUCUGACCUAAUUCUUUAUUGUAUUUUCGCAUAGCUGAAACACGAUUGCAUUGGCACAGCGUCUAUAAAAAUGUUUUCGGAUUAUUUUCGUAGAUUUUAAUCUUUUAUUUCAACGUGUCCAUUAAAUUUUGAAUGCCCAAAAUGAACACUGGAAUGAUAUUGUUUUUCAUAAUUAAUGUUAUGAAGCAUACCUCGCGUUAAAACGAAGAAACCAGACAAAUCCAAAAUAAUCUCUGCUUUAUUAGAGUUUAAAGAUGAGGCACCGAAUUGAACAACCCUUUAUUCACGUAUUCACAGUAAAUAAUUCACGGUAAAGUGUUCGAACAUCUGUUAAUCGAAUAAUUUUAUAAAAAUUGAUCCAAAUAACUUGAAUUUGUUGGAUACGUUAGACGAGCCAGUUCACCAAAGUUUUACUAGUUUUAGCAGAAAGUUGAAAUUGAUUGGAACGAUAAACAAAACUGCAAAAUUUCAGUUUCCGACUUCUUUUUCUGUGCUUAUUGCGAAAAUUUGAAGACUGCUUUUUAUAGAUCUGAGUAACUCGCAUGCAUGAUGAAACCUGCGUGGUAGUGUACAUAUUUAAGGAAAUUUUAAAAGCUGUAUACACUGUUCUAUCACUUAUUCCCUACUUUUUGUUUUGCAAAGUAGCAAAUGUUUGCCAAUGUCUGGCAAUUGCCAAUUGCAACAAUUUGGCAAAUGAGCGUAUCAUUUUGUGUACUUUUAUCAUUUUCUUCGUCAUUGUGAGAAGAAGAUAAUUAAAAUUUAUGUUAAUUUACUCUCGCUUAAGAACAUUUUUCCUAAAUGAGAAAGUUGAAAAAUUGAAUUUUUCCAAUGCCACCGUUGUGCGCCGGCAACGAACGUAUUUUAUUGAAUUUGUAAUUAAGUAUCAAUUAAAAUCCAUUUUUGAUGAAGUUUAUCAGUUUACUUUAGUAUAAUUUGUGUACAAGAUAAACUAAUUCCAUUGAAAAUAGAUCUUAAUUUACUUUUUAAUUUGCGAAACUGUAAUUUCACGUUAACUCUGGCUUAAUAUUUGUGAUUCUCGAAGACUCUCGUGAUCGACUGUAUGGUGCAUGUACAAUUCAAUAGAUAUGCAUAUGUGUGGAUUAUGUAACUGUAUAAUACAUAGGUAUGUAUACAUACACACGUAUAGUAUACGCACACAGAAACAUAUUCACCUCCCUUGCAAGAGCAUAAGUGUACCUUAGAUUGUUUUGAAGGGGGAGGAGGUGAGUUCUGAACUAUGUGGAUUUCCACCUUAUUAAAUCCACUACAUUUAAACUCUGUAUUGUUCAAGGCAGCACUGCGUUAUGUUUACUACAAAUAUUUUCAUACCAAAAUUUUAUGUAACUAAGUAGUAGUUAAUAAAAAUAACGUUAUACUAUUACGUUCCUGCUUCAGAGAACAAUGAAAUAAGUAAUAAAUUCUAAAUUCCAUGUAAUUCGUAUUAUUUUUUAUUAAUUUCUGUUUAAUGUUGAGGGUAAAUGUCGAUAAUGUGUAACAUCGUACAAUCUUUAUUCAAGAAGUAACAGACUCUAAAGUGCUUAUAUUAGUUACCCAAACUUCCGGUAAACUUUCGAAAGUAGAUGUUUAUAUUAUCAUCCUUUACCCUAUUAUUUUAUCAAGAAUAUUAGACAAAGAAAAGAGCACCCAGCUUAUAGCGAGGAAAAUUAACAGAAAUUAUAGUUAUCAGGAUUAACAUUCUCUACAAUUUUUUUGCUACAUCGAUAUUCAGUAAAUUCUCCCAAAUUGUCCCUCAGCUUGUAAACAAAAAUGAAUGUUUUGGGAAGAGAAGAUACUAUUAUUUGAACCUCGCGGCACAUUUUUAUCGGCGAUUAAUCAUAUCUCCGUUUCCCAAAUUGUCCAUUUUUGUUUAGGAGCUGAACGACAAUUGGAGAGAAUUUACUGUAAUCGUAUCUGCUCUUCCCAGAUUGUCCAUUUUUGUUUACAAGCUGACGAACAAUUUGGUAGAAUUUACUGUAGCUUGAAUUACGUGCACUUUGGGCAUCGUUAUUUAUUUGAUUGUUCGUUGGAGCAAGAACGUGAACACUAAACAGUGGCUGUCUUUAUUAUUGUCGGCUGCCUUAUCUGAGAUUAUUAUUGAGCAAAGACGGUUUCGCUUUAUGACACGUAAUAUCCAAGUUGUUAAUAAAAAAUGAAGACUGGA